UCAAGCACCUAAGCAUGCAGACUGCUUCUACAAACAUUUGUGAAAGAAUGGGUCGCUCUCAGGAGCUCAGUGAAUUCAAGCGUGGUACCAUGAUAGGUUGCCACCUGUGCAAUGAGUCCAUCCGUGAAAUUUACUUGCUACUAAAUAUUCCAUGGUCAGCCGUUAGUAGUAUUAUAACAAAGUGGAAGAAACUGGGAACAACAGCAAUUCAGCCACGAAGUGGUAGGCCACAUAAAAUGACAGAGCAGGGUCAGGGCAUGCUGAAUCACAUAGUGCACAGAAGUCACCAACUGUCUGCAGAGUCAAUAGCUAAAGACCUCCAAACUUUGUGUUCCCUUCAGAUUAGCACAACAACAGUGUGUAGAGAGCUUCAUGGAAUGGGUUUCUACGGCCAAGCAACUGCAUCCAAGCUUUACAUCACAAAGUGCAAUGCAAAGCGUCAGAUUCAGUGGUGUAAAGGACAUGCCACUGAACUCUAGAGUAGUACUUGCCUGACUGCAUUGUGCCAAGUGUACAGUUU